GUUCUUUUCCGUAGUGUAUGUUAAAAUGGCAGGUGGUAAGAACAAGCAGUUGUCUCGAGAAGAGGAGCUUCUUCUCCAAGAUUUCUCCAGAAAUGUGUCCACUAAGUCGUCUGCUCUGUUUUAUGGGAAUGCUCUGAUCGUGUCUGUAAUCCCAAUGUGGUUGUUCUGGAGGAUUCACCAGAUGGACUUGUAUCAGUCUGGGAUCUUGUUUGCCGUGAUGACGCUAGUCAGCACAUACCUGGUGUCGUUUUCAUACAAGAACGUCAAGUUUGUCCUUAAACACAAAGUUGCCCAAAGAAGGGAAGAAGCAGUGUCCCGGGAAAUGAUGAAGAAAUUUGCCGAUGACAAGAAAAUGACUAAAAAGGAAAAAGAUGAAAGAAUUCUGUGGAAGAAGAAUGAAGUGGCUGACUAUGAGGCGACGACGUUCGCCAUUUUCUACAACAACGCCCUCUAUCUGGUGUUGCUCAUCGUCGUCUCAUUCUACCUGCUGAAAAACUUCAACUCAUCUCUCAACUACAUUGUUUCAGUUGGAUCGUCGGCGGGACUGCUGGCUCUGUUUUCCACUAGCUCCAAGUGAACACAAGAUUAUAGCUAGGCAAUAAAAAAACAAAUUGUGGAUGAUGAGACAGUUAAUAAAUAUUUUAUAGUAAACUUU